GAUCUCUGUAUUCUCCUACUGUGCAUUAAAACCCACAGACUACACCACUGUGCUCUGAAGCAGGGGAAGAUUGCGCCCCAAGCAACAGCCACGUCUCUUUCCUUGGAGGAACCCACCUGGAAUGCAUAUAAUAUUCCUCCUAAAGGACCAAAAUACCCUCACAAGUCCCGGCACAAACAAGUAAAGUUUCCUCCGAAGCUCAUGCCCCUUUUCGUCCACUGAAUUCCCCAUCUUUAAACCUCCUCUUCUUCCCUCACAAAAAUCACUCUUCUUCCCACAAAAACACAGCAUUCUGAGGAAAAAAAAACACAAAAAAUUGAUCAACAAAGAACAAACAUGGUUCAUGCAAAACGCAGCAGCAGCUGCUCGCCCAAAGCCCAAAAACUUCUCACCCUCUCAGCCCACUAUCUCAGCCACCGAGAUUUCUCUUUUUGCCGCAAAUUCGCUCUCAAAGCUCGAGAGUCCGACCCGCACAACUCCGGGGCCGACCGAAUCCUCGCCGUAGCUGACGUACUCCUCGCCGCCGAUCACCAAAACCCAACUGACUGGUGCUCCAUUCUCCAAAUACCGCCACCCGGCUCCGAAAACCCGACACUCGUCCGGACCCAGUUCGAGAAACUCAAGACCCUCUUGGAACCCAGCAAGAACGGGUUCGCUUUCGCUCAGGAGGCCUUUGAGCUCGUCCAGAAAGCUUGGUCCUUUCUAUCGGACCAAGACAAGAAAACCCAUUUCGCAAAUGGGUCUGAAAAUGGGCAAGAAACCCCAAAACAGAGAGAGCAGAAGGAAAAAAAUGUGGGGGAAAAUGGUAAGGGGUGUAAUGUGGAAGAGACAUUUUGGACAGUUUGUCCGUACUGCUAUUACAUGUUCGAGUACGGGAAGGUGUAUGAGGAUUGUUGCUUGAGAUGCCAGAAUUGCAGGAAAGCGUUCCAUGGAGUGGCAAUAAAGGCGCCAUCACCGGAUAUUAUAGUGCAGGGGAAGGAGCAGUACAAUUUCUGUUUUGGGUAUUUUCAAAUGGAGUACGUGGACCCAAAGAAGCAGAUGGAGACAGAGGUAACUGGCAAUAAAGACAAGGAUGUUGUGGUCAUCUCUGAUGAUGAUGAUGGUGAUGGUACUGAUGAUGAGUUUGAGGAUGAUUUGUUGGAUGGUAAUGUGGGUUUUGAGGGAAUGCAUGAAGAAAAGGUAAAGAUUGGGAGUGAAGGAGUUGUGGGAACUGAUAUAGGUGGGAGUGGAAGAGCAGAGUUGAGGAGUGAAGGGAGGACACCAGUGAAGAGGGUGAAGACUCUAGCAAGGCGUCUGAAGAGCGUCAAAUCGAAGUCCGUGGCAAGGAAUACGAAGAAGAUAAUGGGAAAUGAGAUGAGAAGCAGGAGGGUUGAGUUGAUGGGUGAUGAGAGGGUGGAAGGAGCGGACACGAGUGUUGAAGAUGGAAAUGGAAUUGAUAAGGGAGGUAGUGGAAGUGGGAGUGGAAUGGAUGGGCUGGAGUUUUUUGAAGGAGAAGAUGAUAUCUAUGUUGGUAUAGGGGAUAGUCCGGUUUGAAAGGAAUGGAAAGGUAAGAGAUUUCAGGGUAGUGAUGGAAGUUCCAAAAUUUUAUAUGGGUUAACUUUUGAAGGUUUAGCAAGUAGGAGCAUGGCUUUUGAGUAAUUGGCUUGGCUCACAGUUGAAAGUAGACUGGAUUACACGGUAGACUCAUCAACCAGGUGCUUUGAUCUCAUAGUAGAAAUUAGGUAAUAGUUUAGCUAAGGUAAUAUUAACCAACUUUAUCUUAUAAAAUGACAAGUUAAGCAGAUGUUCUGGUAUCUCUUGCAGGAUUUGCUUCAGUUCUAAGUCUGCUUAAUUUUGUGGAUAAAUAGAUUAGGAUGACUGAUUUUGAAGCACAAUGACCUGAUAGUUGAUGGUAGUUUCUUUCUUGUAAUGGUUCACCCCACUUUGAUUGAACAAUGCUUGCAGUGAAUGGUAAAUUGGCAAUCAAGGUUUUUAUGUUCUGUUUUGCUUGGGA